ACAUGGACUAGGUUCGGUUCGAGGCCUUUGUACUCAUUCAUGUGCUUUUACCAAGUGAUCUACCAGCAGCCUACUACUGCAAUUUUUAGUUUAAACAACUCCUGUCAAGGUAUUGAAUCCAUUUUCUGUAAGAUAGAAGUAUAAACAAUUUAUUUGGACAUGGAUUUAUUAAUUGUUACAUUCUUGUGCAUUCCACAAAGGUGGAAUUGGAGUCAGUUUUUUUCACUCCAAGCCUGCCACGAUUUACCCAGCUUUUGGCUGUCAUUUCAUGGCCUUGCGCAAUACCUUCGUUACACUUUAAUUUUGGUUUACCCACAGUUUAACUAAAGGCGCUAUUUCUGUAGCUGUCAGUGGCGAAAACUUUGAACUGUAGGAAACCAGAAGAGAAAUGCCUUUGUCAAAAGGUCUGAGCCCAGCCUCUCUUCGAGCGCUGAUCCGUGCACAAACGCAGGAUAUCAGGAACACUUCGGGCAUUGCUUCAGGGUAUCAGCAAGCGAAUGUGGUGAUCCUGCAUAAGAGCCUAGCAGAUGACUUUGAGGCGUUUUGCCACGUGAACAGCAGCCCCCUUCCUCUGCUCUACCGCAGCCAACCGGGGGAGUGGGCCUGCCCCCCUCUCGCCGAAGACUCCGACAUCAGAACGGACUGCCCCCGGUACUGCGUGUUUGAAAAUGGCCGCCUGACGGCCCAGGUGCCCAGCCUGACGGACUUCACCCGGCAGAUGCAGGACAUGGUCUCCUUCUACCUCGGCUGCAGCUUUAGCUUCGAGCGCAGCCUGCAGGCUGCCGGCGUCCCCGUCCGAAACGUGGAGCAGGACCGCAACGUCAGCAUGUACAGGACCUCCUUGCCCUGCCACAGGGUGUGCGUGUUCCGGUGCCCCAUGGUGGUGUCGAUGCGGCCGGUGCCGGAGGAGAAGCUGGACGCCGUGGCCCAGGCCUCGCACCUGGCCCCGAUGGCCCACGGGGACCCCGUCCACAUUGGGGACCCAGCCCUGAUCGGGAUCCAGGACGUGUCCAGGCCGGACUACGGCGAUGCGGUGGACCCCGCCCCUGGCGACGUGCCGGUGUUCUGGGCCUGCGGGGUGACGGGCGUGGAGGCGGUGCAGAGCGCUAAAUCCCCACUAGCGUUCACCCACUCACCUGGCUGCAUGUUCAUCAGUGACAGAGAGUGCACACCUGCCGCGGCGACCUCCGACCCUGAACAGCAACCCGUGGCUUUCCGUGUAUCCCAGCAGCCAUUGCACUACAGCCUGGCAUCCAAGGCAACUGUCCAGCGGAUCCGAACCCUGGAGCUGAUUAUUGGGGAGGAUCCAGGGGAGCGGGGGAUCCGGGCCCUGUUCGUCCAGGACGAGCUCCUGAAGUCCUGCCUGUCCCUGUCCCACGCCUCCUCCGUCCUCAUCACCACCGGCUUCCCCACCCAUUUCAUGCACACCCCCCCGGAGGAGAACGACGGGCCACCGGGCGCCAUCGCCAUGGCAGCUACCCUCCAGGCCCUCGGCAAGGAGGUCGCCAUGGUGGUGGACCACCGCACCCUGGAGAUGAACACCCGGAUCAUGGAGGACGCUGUGGAUAAAGGCGUGAUAAAGACGGCGGUCCCUUUGCUCAGCUUCCAGAACCCGGGCCAGGAAUCUGCUCUGCAUUUCCUGUGCCAAGAUGGCGACCCAAAAAGACCCAGGUUUGACCACUUGGUGGCAAUAGAGCGCAGCGGCCGAGCAGCUGAUGGGAACUACUACAACAUGAGAGGAGUGAAUAUUAAGCAUCUGGUGGACCCCAUUGACGACCUCUUCACCACAGCAAGCACCAUCUCUGGGAUCACCACCUCCGGGAUCGGGGACGGGGGGAACGAGCUGGGCAUGGGCAAGGUGAAGGAGGCCGUGAGGGCGCACAUGCCCAACGGCAGCCUGGUCGCCUGCGACGUGGCGGCCGACUUCGCCAUCACCGCAGGUGUGUCUAACUGGGGGGGCUAUGCGGUGGCAUAUGCCCUCUACCUCCUCAACAUCUGCCCCAUCCAUGAGCGCUAUCUACGCAGAGGCUUAGGCUACCCCCCGAAACCCCACCAGCGGAACGACUGGGCUGCCAGCCUGCCUACUGUUGCCAAGGAGGAGCAGUUCUUGGCUAUCCUGGUGAAUUAUGGAAUACGCAGUGGCAAGUCCGGAAACCUGGCGAUGGAGGUGGACGCCCUGCCCUUCCAUCCCGUCCACUCCACGCUGAUCCAACGACUGAGCGAUGUCACCCUAAAGCCCCGCCCACCUCUGGCCUGACCCCCUCUCCCUACCAAUCAAACCCCACCCAAGCCAAUAAAUUGGUGAGAAGGACUGUGCCUUUCAGUCAUUAACUAGGGACUGUUUGCUUGUUUUAAUGAAUAUACAUUUAAAUGCACAUGUCUGGCACCAUUGAAUCAAACACUCCAAAAAUGCAGCCACCGGACCCCUAGCUCUCUGGCCUGUUGGCCUAUUCAAGUCAGUCUUAACCAACCAUCUUUCUCACUUGCCUAUGUAGACUUCCUUUCCAUGAAUCUGUCCUAAAUUUGUCUCCAUGCUACAGCAGGCAGGAGAUAAGGCCAGACAAAAAACAGGAUACCAGGAUUGCUGGUUUCUUUCUUUUUUUAUUCAGUGUCCUUGGUCACAGUUGCGUGUAAUCAAGUGUUGUUUUCCUCUGCUGAGAAGUUGGUGCAACAGUACAUUUGAAACCAAGUACAUAAAAAAUAUGUGGCCUCUAUUUCAUUUCCAAUCAUUUGUGGUUAUAACAUCUUCACUUCUGCAAUCACACUUAUCAUAGCUGCUGAAUUAAACCAGUACUCAUAAAAUUGUCCUUGAACAGAAAAACAUUUGUCUGCAUUGAGAUGUAGCUCUCCUCUUGUCAGCGCUAGUGCUCUCCUGUAGAUCAUUGUGGUGUGUAGUGUGCAUUAAGAGCGUAGCACCUCAGAGUGCCCACGUUUCAGCCAUGGUGCUCCUUACACAGUGUAACUGAGGCACAACUCCAAACUGGGGAGAGAAAUUAAGGCAUUAAAAAGAAAUCGAUUAACUAUUUCUUGCACAAGGAAGUUUGUGUGACCUUGUCUUAUUAUGGGAAAUGUCAUUCAAUUGAGUUUUUCCAAGGAAACUUGAUAUAGCAAGUUUCCUUGGGAAAACUCAGUUGAUGUCAAGAAGACUGUUUUGACUUCAUUUCUACAGACAAAAAUGUCUCUGAGAAACAGCAACAGUAGAGAGGGCAGAUAGAAGUUUUCAGAGUUACAUUAAUUUGUGCCUGUGCUAUAUAUGUAAUAUAUAUAUAUAUAUAUAUAUAUAUAUAUAUAUAUACACUCACCAGCCACUUCAUUAGGUACUUGCUAGUACCAGGUGUGGUCUGCUGCUGCUGUAGCCCAUCUGCUUCAAGGUUCGACGUGUUGUGCAUUCAGAGAUGCUCUUAUGCAUACCUCGGUUGUAACGAGUGGUUAUUUGAUUUACUGUUGCCUUUCUGCCAGCUCGAAUCAGCCUGGCCAUUCUUCUCUGACCUCUGGCAUCAACAAGGCAUUUUUGCCCAGAGAACUGCCACUCACUGGAUACCAUUCUCUGUAAACCCUAGAGACGUUUGUGUGUGAAAAUCCCAGUAGAUCAGCAGUUUCUGAAAUACUCAAACCAACCUGUCUGGCACCAACAACCAUGCCACGUUCAAAGUCACUUAAAUCACCUUUCUUCCCCAUUCUGCUUCCCAUCUCAUUUCGUACUUUACACGCCCUUGAAACAUUUUGCACUAUUUAUUUAAAUUCAUAAGAAGGAAAGAUAGCGGUUGACCUUUUGUAAUGGUUUUUGUGCCAAUGGAAUGCUAACGGGGAUUCUUGUGUUGCAAGUAAAAUAAAUUCUCCUCGGCAUCUUAUCGUCUUCAGCACUGCUGAAACCAAUCAGAAAUAUUCAGCGCUUGCGCCCCACCCCAAAAGUUCCGGUACUUUUGGAAAGUACUACCCCCCGAGCAGGGACGUUUUUUGGGGGUAAAAUAAAGUCCCCAGAACUUAAUGGUUCCUGCGAUGGAAACGCACUCAGUUCCUCAAAAGGUUCCUAGUUCCUGGGGAAAGUUCCUGCGGUGGAAACGCGGCUAUAGAUAGCUUUUCCUGUGAACUGGAGGCUUCCCUGAUUUCAACACGGUGUGUGCCGGACGGUGCUGGUGUGUGUUGGGUAUCUGUGAUAUUUUGUCAGUAUCUUCUGAAGGGUGAGAUGGCAAAGAUAAGGAAAGUGCAGAGGAAUUUACACCCCCCCACCACCACCACCACCACCACCACCAAACACCCACCUUCCCUAGGAACAAGUGACUCAGUGGGAAAUAUAUUUCUAUUUCCAUUGGGGAGAAAGAGAGGGAGAGGGAGAAUUUGGGGGGGGGAGAAGUCAAAGAAUGGGUUGGGUCGAGGAAAAGAGGGAAGACGAGAGAAAGGUGGUUAGUGUCAGAGUUUGAGUCAUAGGAGGAUAGAGGCCAGACAAAUUAAGACUCUCAUUUCAUGAUGAUGAUCAGCCCCUUGAACUCUGAUGAACUCUGACGAUUUUAUGACUCUGUUGCGUUAUUUCUCAGUCACGCUGAGUACAAGUCAGGGCAACACCUUUUCAUUACGAAUCAGAGAAGGGCCAUUGCAGCUUGAGUGAAUGUGCUACAGUCAGCGUUGGAUUUCACAACGCAGACCGGUGAUAACGUAAGAGCAUGCAUCUUUUCCAGGAACCAGUAACGUCUGGCAUGAUCUGAAUGCACAAUGUAGCUCACCGCACCUUCUUCUUC